AUGCGUGUACACGCUGUUGUCGACGCCGCAGGGGGCAGUCCAGCCCCGCACAAAGAUGAUGCUGCAGAAGUAGUAGCCCCACUUGGCUGCGGGCGACUCCCACUCGUCGUAUCCGAAGAAGUCGUACAGACAGGUGAAGCCCUUCUCCCACAUGCCCUGGAAGUUCUUGCGGAAGAGGUCGUGCGAGGUGAAGUCGAGGCCGUCGGAGGCGGAGAGGCCGGCGCCAGCGGUGAUGAGGAGAUUGGGUGCGGACUUGAGCCAUUUUGCGGCGAGCUCUAG